AUGGCCGAGGAUCCACAGCCUCUGACCCUCCAGCAGCGUAUCGCAGCCUUGAACGCUGCCCAUAUUGGUCGCAUUCCUGGAGAUCCUCCGUCUUCGUCUCACCCGACCCCUCCGCUCCCUACCAAGCGUCCCGUUGUUGUCAAGCAGAAUUCCAUCAAUAAUCCUCCAGAACGGGUGAAUGGCUCUGUCAUAGGCUCCGGAGUUGGCAAUCAACCUGUUCCUCCCCCUCCUCCUGCCAGGAAACAACCUCCUCCCCUCCCGAGUAGAAAUAGCUCACUCGAUGAGCAAAGGAGGGGGUCAGUAGCAUCCAUUGCAUCUAGCGGUACAAAUGACACAACCUCCUCACGGGUCACAUCCACGCGGACAAAGUCAACUGAUUCUGCGAGUCGAAUCAAAGCACCAGCGUGGGGCGAGUGUGAACUACCUGCCCUCCCUCCCAAGGGUGCACAUCAUCAACCUGUCACCAGAAAGUAUUCCGAUGACAAACCGAAAUAUGUCAAUCGGGCCCCUUCGAGUACCAGUGUUGCCAUACCUGCUACGAGCUCAGAAGCGAAGCCUCAACAACGACCCUCUCUUCCACCCCGACUCCCUUCUCGAAAGCACGACAAUGAACACCGGGAUCAUGCCCCCGAUCCUCCCUUACGAAAGAUACCUCCCAUGCCAUCGAAUGAAGCAAUAGAAAAGGCCAAAAGAGCUGCUUUUUCCUACAUUUCUCCCAAGGACCAAUCACACGCCGAGACUGUCCCUGUUGUCGAAUCUCUGCCUCUUCCCGUGAAGGAACAGGUCCUGCUACCUGUGAAAGACCAUGUGCCGCUGCCGGCCAGAGAAGCCAUACCAGUACCGAUAAGAGAGCACAUCCCCUUGCCCGUGAGAGAGCAUAUCCAUUUACCGGCACGAGAGAUCGUGUCCAGUCAUCAAGCAGACAAUCAGCCUCUUCCGCCUCCAGUACCACUCUCAUCUCGACCAGAUCUUUCUACCAUACAAGCUACAAAGCCCAACUUCACUGGAGACACUGUUUCAGUCAACACCAGUUCACUACCCUCUACAAAAUGCCUUAUCUGCCGAGACUUCUCUGGGCCUGAUCAUCAGGCGACCCUCUUCCCCAGAACGAAUGUCAGUUCAUUACAGAAUUUGGCCCAUCAACUGACCUCUCCUUUCCCAUCUCCCACCGACAAAGCCCGAGCUAUUUUCACCUGGCUCCACCAUAAUAUCGCCUACGACGUUGUCAGCUUUUUUGGGAACAGCGUGAAAAGCUCAACACCACAGUCCACGCUUCAAACUGGCCUGGCAGUAUGUGAAGGGUACGCAGCCUUGUUCACCAACCUGGCUAGCUACGCUGGUCUCGAGUCGGUCGUCAUUUCAGGCCAUGGCAAAGGUUAUGGGUUCACUCCUCUUCCCCCAGGCUCAGCUCUUCCGCCUUACAGUGCCGGGCAUGCUUGGAAUGCCGUCAAAAUCGAUAACGGAGAAUGGAAGCUCAUUGAUGCUUGCUGGGGUGCAGGAUAUGUACAAGGUGCAGGACGCCCAUAUGUUCAAAAGUUUAAUCCGGAUUAUUUUACCAUGCCGAAUGAACAAUUCGCCGUCAAGCAUUUCCCCGGCAACAAGGAUCAAUUCUUCCUUCCAGGUGGGCGGCGUAUGAGCUGGGAAGAAUACAUUGUCAUUGACCCUGCUUGCUGGCCUGAUACUGUUGAAGGUCCCACGGUUUUCACAAACGCCAAAGAGGAUUACUCAAUCGGUGAAAAGACGAUAUACCCUCGGGCAAGGAAGAUUAAUGUGCGACAACCAGAUAUGGUUCGAUUCCAAUUUGGCCUGGUGUGUCCGCAUUGGACGUUGAAAAACCACACGCGCAAAGGCCCACCUCCUGUGUUUAUCGUCUCAGUCCACGGUGUUGACGGCCGCCACAAGGACCAUAUUCCUCUGGAGCAUUACCCCGGAUCGGCCGGUCAGGGAGGCGAUACGUGGGUUGUUGAUAUUUCAGCCCGGGAACUUGGAGCGCCAGGACAAACGGUCACAUUGUUUGCCAUCACGAGUUUCGGCGAUAGACAAGAUGCACGCGGUUUAACCGUGCGGGAGUUUCGCGAUGGAAAAGGUCGAGUUGGUAUGGGAUUCACUGGCGUUGCGGCUUGGGACCUUGUUUGA